AUGGUCUCUAAUGUUCCCCUUCUCACUGGGACCAACUUCUCAGAAUGGAAAGAGAAAGUUGAGUUCACAUUGGGAGUGCUAGACUUAGAUUUGGCCCUUCGUCAGGAGGAGCCACAACCACUUACCGAGGAUAGUACUGGGGAUGACAAGGCUUUCCAUAAAGCAUGGGAGAAAGCGAACAGAUUGAGCAUUAUGUUCUUAAGGAUGACAAUUGCUAGCAACAUCAAAACAUCCCUUCCAGUUGCAGAAAAAGCUAGUGCUUAUCUAGUAGCUAUUGAAGAACGGUUUAAGACUGCAGACAAAUCCCUUGCUGGGAAACUUAUGGCAGAUCUUACAACCAUAAAGUAUGAUGGCACAAGGUCUAUGCAUGAUCAUUGCAUUGAAAUGACCAACCUUGCAGCUUAG